CUUUUAUAAUCCCACAUAUUUGCCUCUCUUUUCUCCAUUUCUCCCAACCAUUUUGGUACACUCUGCUCUCUUCUUUUCCUCGUUGAAAUCGUCCUUCUCCCUCUUUUUCUCUCUCCACUUUUUAUUCCUGUUUCAGGAAUUAAACUAAGUUCUAAAUUUCACACCAAAAAAAUCUAGCAUUACAUUAUCAGUACAAAAAACAGAAAAAAAGCAACAACUACUUCUAUACCCACAAAAAAAAAAAGAAAUAAUGGCAUUGAAACUUCAAAACCCAUUAACAUUUAACUCAUCAAAAUCUAAUUUUUCCUUUGGAAAUCCUCGAUCUCGUGUCCUCAGAUCUCCUCAUAUAGUUUCCAUGGCUUCUACUAUUGGCAUCACUUCCAAGGAAAUUCCAAAUGGUAAGAAGCCAUACAUGCCUCCAAAAGAAGUGCAUGUGCAGAAGACUCACUCAUUGUCACCCCAAAAGAUUGAGAUGUUCAAGUCUCUAGAAGAUUGGGCUGAGGAAAAUAUUCUGGUACUUCUGAAGCCUGUUGAGAAGUGUUGGCAACCACAAGAUUAUCUGCCAGACCCUGCAUCAGAAGGAUUUGAAGAGCAAGUCAAGGAGCUGAGGGAAAGAAGUAAAGAACUUUCUGAUGACUAUUUUGUUGUUCUGGUUGGGGAUAUGAUUACAGAAGAAGCCCUUCCAACUUAUCAAACCAUGCUCAACACAUUGGAUGGAGUUCGGGAUGAGACUGGUGCGAGUCUGUCUCCUUGGGCUAUCUGGACCAGGGCAUGGACCGCUGAAGAGAACAGGCAUGGUGAUCUAUUGAACAAGUAUCUUUACCUUUCUGGACGAGUGGACAUGAAGCAAAUCGAGAAGACAAUCCAAUACCUGAUAGGUUCCGGAAUGGAUCCGAAAACUGAGAACAACCCCUAUCUUGGCUUCAUCUACACUUCCUUCCAAGAGAGAGCUACCUUCAUCUCUCAUGGUAAUACUGCAAGGCUAGCCAAAGAUCAUGGUGAUAUUAAACUGGCACAGGUGUGCGGGAUUAUUGCGGCAGAUGAAAAACGUCAUGAAACUGCCUACACAAAAAUAGUUGAGAAGCUCUUUGAGCUUGACCCAGAUGGCACAAUCUUGUCUCUAGCCGAUAUGAUGAGGAAGAAGAUUUCUAUGCCCGCACACUUGAUGUAUGACGGUCUGGAUGACAAUCUUUUUGAUAACUACUCGUCUGUUGCUCAACGCCUUGGAGUCUACACCGCCCGGGAUUAUGCUGACAUCUUGGAAUUUCUAGUCCAGAGAUGGGAUGUGGAAAAAAUGACAGGGCUUUCAGGCGAGGGACAUAAAGCGCAAGAUUUCGUGUGUGGGUUAGCUCCAAGGAUUAGGAAACUCGAGGAGAGAGCUCAAGCUCGGGCAAAAAAAGCAUCCCUCGCGCCGUUCAGCUGGAUCUUUGGUAAAAGCUUGACCGUUUAAAAGUCCUUGUGGUGGUGAAUCGAAGGAAGACUAUAUGCAUCUACCCUCUCUAAUGUUCUCUCUAUAGCUCAGUUUAUGUAAUCCCUUUGUGUUUGAAGAUGAUGUUGGCUGAAAAGAAGUGAAGUCUUUGUAGAUACUUUUGUUUGUCCUUUAAGAAAAUGAGUAAUCUGUAGUUUAGUAUGCUUAAUUUUGUCCUCUCCGUCCUCGUAUGGUUAUCUCUAUGUUGAAUCUGUUUAGAUUUAAGUUCAAAAACUUGUUGGAUUCAUCUUUUUUGCAAUUAUUAUAUGUAGUACUAAAUGCAAUAUAUACUUUCAACUUUUUCUUAA